AUGUUUACUAUAUCUAAAGAAAAAUUGUAACAAAUAUUAGCAUCUGGAUUAACUUAGGAUAAUUAAGAUAGUAUGGGUGAGUUCAAUUCUACCAAGUGCUUUGAAGAUUCUUUGAAAUGUAAUAUUGAAUGCGGAUUAAGUAAUGAUGGAGUGUUGUUGAGACGAUUGGAAUUUGGAGAGAAUAGGCAAUAAAAUUAAGUUUGCAUAAGUAGAAUGAAAGCAUUAUGGAUAAUUCUAUUCAAACCAAAAUCAAUGAUCUUCUUUUCCUUGUCGAUAAUUUCAAUGAUAUUAACUUAUUUGUCAACUGAUGGAAUUUACACAAAUGAAUGGAUUGAAAGUUUAAUUAUAUUUGGAUUAAUUUGCUUAACUCUUAUGGUGUCUUUUAAAACUGAUGAAGAAAAAUAGAAAUAAAUAUAAAUUUUGGAUGAAUAAACUAAGUUUACAGUUGUGUUGAGAAAUCGGGAAUUGAGAAGAAUCAUGGCAAGAAAUCUGGUAGUGGGAGACAUUGUUAUUUUAUAAGAGACUGACAAAAUUUAUGUUGAUGGAUUAAUUGUUGAAUAGCAUAAUUUAUAUGUUGAUCAAAGCUACUUAACAGGGGAAGAAGAGCCGGUUCAAAAAGUUACAUUGGAAGAAACUAUUUAAUCCUAAUAGCCAAUUUCACCUUAGAAACAUUUAGUCUAUGCAGGAAGUCGAGUAGUAUAGGGAUGUGGAAAAUUAUUAGUUUUAGCAGUUGGUUCAGAGGCAUAAGUUAAUAAAAUACUAAUUUCGACUGAAUAAGAAGAGUAAUAACCACCAAUUACAAGAGAAAUUCGAAAUAUUUCGAAUAAAAUGGAAAGAAUAGGAUUUAUUGGACUUAUAAUUAUAAUCAUCAUGUUGCUAGCUCGAUUCAUUCUCUAAUAUGGUGAAUAGAAUAUUAAUAGAUAUAGUAUGUUUGCAAAUAUACUCAACUUAAUCAUAGCUUUAAAAACUGGAAAAGCAUAUGAAACAAUAUUUACUCAUUUCUAAAUUCAAAUGAGUGAGGCCGUAUAAAUGAUGCUAUAUUAAUAAAACUUAGUUAGAAGGUUAUAGAAAUUAGAGAACCUAGCAUUUAUGGAUACAGUAGUUGUUGAUUAAACAAGCAUUCUAACACAAAAUAGAAUUCUUGUAGAUAGUAUUAUGAAUGAUACAAUGGAAUAGUUUACUACAUCCUAAUUUAAUCUAUAUCCACAAUAAUUCUAAUAGGCUUUGGUUGAUUCAUGUUUCAUUAAUAAUUACUAUGAUCCAAAUACUGAUUCUGGGAGUAGAAUUGAAAAAGCAUUGUUUGAAUUCUCCAAAAAAAUAUAACUCAAUUUAAGUGAAAGAGUACAAUAAGUGACACAUAGAAUUCCUUUUAGUAAUGCUAGAAAAAUGCAAACAAUCAUUAUUAAUAAUAAUAAAGUUGCUGUAAGAGGAUCAGGUGAACAUAUCCUUAAUUCAUCAACUAAAUUUUAUAGUUUGAAAAAUGGAAUUGUUGCUAUUGAUGAUGUUUUAAAGAAUAAUAUAGAAUAGCUUAUGUUUGAAUUGGGUCAAUAAGGAAGCAUUAUGGGAAUAGCAUAUAGGGAUGUGGAAUUAUAAAAUGAAAAUGUAAAAGAAUUGAUAGAAAAUAAUCAAUUUGAAUAUGAUAGAUAGGAUUUGACAUUAUUAGGUUUCUUGCUUUUUGUGGAUCCAUUGAGAUAUGAAACAAAAUCAGCUAUUUAAGGAUUGAGAUAAGCUGGAGUUAAAGUGAUUUUAACCGCAGGAAAUGACUCUAUUAGUGCAAAGAAUUUCGCUAUCAAAGCAGGAAUUAUGUUAAACGAUUCUACUGUAAUAGAGGGGAGUGAUUUUUCUGAAAGAUUUAAUAGAAAGGCAGAAAAUUCCAAAAAAGAAAUCGAAGAUAUUCAUGUUCUUAGCGGAGCAAGACCAAAGGAUAAAUACAAUCUUGUAUAGGAAUUGUAGUAUUUUGGUCACGUAGUAGGAGCCUGCUGUGAUGGUGAAAAUAAUGUUCCUAUUUUAACUAAGGCUGAUGUAGGGUUUAGUUUGGGAAUUGGAGGAACUGAAAUUGAUAGAGAAGCUUCAGGGAUUAUCCUAUUGGAUGACAAUAUUAAUUCUGUUUAUAAGGGACUUAUAUUUGCUAGAAAUCUCAUUGAUUCAAUUAAAAGAAUAGUUCAAUAUUUGAUUGCAUCCUAUUUUGCAUUGUUUAUGAUUUUAAUAGUCUCAGUAGCUUUUGGAGAACCUGCGAUAUCACCACUUUAAUUAAUAUGGAUUCAUUUAUUUAACGACUUAUUUGCUACAUUUGCUUUAUCUUAUUGUAAACCGAAUUCAUAGUUAAUAUACUAAAAACCUCCUAAUAAAAGUGGAUUCAUAAUGGAUGAAAAUGUUUAAAUCCACAGCUCCAUACUUUCAGUAUAUUUGAUUGCAGUAUGUAUCUUAUUUGUGAAUCAAGUAUUUAACAUUGAAAUUAUUUAGCCCUUGAUGGUAUUCAAUAUAUAUGUUAUGACAACAAUCUUUAAUUUGAUUAAUUCACGUAUGGUAUACUUAGAAGUUAAUGUCGUUCAUGGGUUCUUUAGAUCUUGGAUUAGUUUCAUUGCAAUUUUACUGAUAGGAGUUAUUCAGUUUGUAAUUGUAGAAUAUGGAGGAUCUGUUUUGGAUACAUUCGAUGGUUUAAGCCUUAAAUAAUGGUGUGUUUGCGUUGCAGUAGGAAUUGGAAGUGUUGCAUGGAGAAGCAUAGCUAUCUUAGUUAUUAAACCUAUCGUGUUAAAGAGUGGCAAGGGAAAAUUAAAAGUUAAUUGA